GUCAUUUGCCUGUUUGUCGUUUUUGCUUGUUGAUCUUUUGCCUUCGUGAAGCGCGAUGAGCUUUGUCGCAGGAAGAUAGAGGGAGCGAGACCAAGGUUGGUGCCUUGGUGGUGGUGGUGGUGGUGCUGGUGGUGUUUCAUGGCAACCCUUGCCUCCUUCCUCUUGCCUUCUCUUCCUCGUCUUCCUCAUAUCCCCUCACAUGCCGGCUUUCCCACCUCUCUGCUCGUCUGUACUCCUUUGCGCUCUAACUUGAACCCUAGAAAAUUUCGGACCCCUUUUCUGGUUGUUGCUUCUUCACCCAAAUCUUUCGACGAUUCCAGCUCCAAAAGGCUGAGGCCCAAUUCUCUUAAGAAAUCAGUUCUCUUGGAGUUGAUACAAGACAUAGAACCUCUGGAUAUAAGCCAUAUCCAGAAAGAUGUAUCUCCAACUACAGUAGAUGCCAUGAAAAGGACCAUAUCUAGUAUGUUGGGUUUGCUUCCGUCUGAUCAAUUUCAAGUUGUUAUUGAAGCCUUGUGGGAACCCCUCUCCAAAUUAUUAAUUUCUUCGAUAAUUACUGGGUAUACAUUGCGGAAUGCUGAAUACAGAUUUUGCCUCGAGAAGAACCUCGAUAUGCAUGAAAGUGAUCUAGAAAACCUGAAGGCAGAAAGUACUGAGCUUGAUGCACAAGGAUUAAAUUUUGACAGAUUAGAUGUAAUUGACUUAUGCAGAAGGAAUGAUUUGUCUCCUGAAGUUGACAAGUUGGAUGAAGAGACAAUUGGGGAUGUUAAUUUUCAAAACCUUGGUGAAAUGUCCACUGAAGUUCAACAGUAUAUUUAUAAUUUGCAAUCUCGUUUGUCUUCCAUAAAAAAGGAACUUAAUGAAGUGAAGAGGAAGAGUGCUGCUCUUCAGAUGCAACAGUUUGUUGGGGAAGAAAAAAAUGAUUUACUGGAUUACUUGAGAUCUCUUCAACCUGAACAGGUAGCUGAGCUAUCAGAAUCUACAUCCUCUGAACUUAAGAACACCAUCCAUUCUGUUGUCCAUGGUCUUCUUGCUACUCUUUCACCGAAGAUGCAUUCAAAAGCUUCAACAGUGUCUGAGAAUACAACUUCUGGAACAGUAAAUGGUGGGAUUGGGGAUUCUACAGAAUUUAUUGAGAAUGCCUCACUACAAUUUCAGCCUGUUAUUUCAUUAACUCGGGAUUAUCUGGCCCGUCUGCUCUUUUGGUGCAUGCUGUUGGGACACUAUCUUAGAGGUCUCGAGUACAGGAUGGAGUUGAUGGAACUGCUAUCCCUGAGCGGUGACAGCUUAGAAUGAUUCACCGGGAAGUGAGUAAAUUGCUUGAAUCCUGAUCUCGUUUUGGCGGUGCCUUAUGUAUUGUAUAUAGCAAUGUUGAGGUUUUCUGCGAUCCAUCUUUUGAACAUCAAGAGAUUAGAGCACGGACGCAAGUGCCAUGUUAUUCCUGCUUGGAGCCAGAGCAAUCCUGUCUUCUAAUUUUCUGCUAAAUUGCCACUCCAUGCAUCUCCUCUUGUUGCUGGACCUUUGGAAGAACGAAGUGGAAUUAUUGUCGCCAGGUGAAUACAUCAUGGAUUUUGGAAUUGCUGAGACUGUGGCAGACCGAGGUGCAAGGUGUAGAUGUGAUGCCUUAAAAUGCUGUCAUUUGUUAUCUUGAUCCAGUAAUAAAGAGUUGAUAAAAAUUAUGAAUAAAUUUCUAGUUGUUUGAAUACUUUUAAUUUUAGUUGUGCUAAAAACUUUCUGGAAUUAUUUUAAUAGUUACAUCUGUAAAGAUACGCCAGUUGAUUAUUUUCGACUUUCCAUUUGGUCCUUCUUGUUCUGUACACUUAAUGUUGGUUGGAAUAUACUUAACCUGAAGAAUUAGAGCUACUGUUCGUGUUA